AUGGGUGUUAUUAUCUACAGAAUGGAGGAAGCCUACAUUCUUCCCAUAUCCAAACAACUCGGUGAAAUCGGAGGAUUAGCCAUCGAUGGGAAAGGUCAUCUCGUCGCUUUCCAUCGCGCUGAACGUGAAUGGGAUGCUAACUCUUUCGACGGGAAGGAGAAGUUUAACAAGAAACUCGGCCCGAUCAAGAAUUCUACCAUCGCUAUUAUUGACACCAGCAAUGGGAAGGUGAGUCCACAAAUUUGCUGAAG